CCCGCAAGCCAGCCCCCGCGGCCCGCCCUCGGCGACCAAGUCCGACUUUGCGCCUGUGAUUGUUGGGGAGAAGGUUCACGCCGUGCACGAGAGCGACGACGACACCGCGAGCCAGACGAGCCUGAUCACAAUCGCCAAGACUGUGCGAAUGCAGUUAAAGGGCGAUGACGCCACCAUCUGCAAGGAUGACCCAGCCGACGUCAUCGUCGCAGAUCACAGGAAGCACUGCGACCUCUGGAAGGCAAUGGAGUUGGGCAACCAGAGGAACGCUCGUCACCAAGCCACGUUGGCAGCGAGGCGCCUUCGCGAGAAGAAGCUCAACACCAAGGCCGACACGAUCGAUGCCUGGACUCAGAAGCAUGCCAAUGUGGAGGAACUCUCCCACGUGAAGAUCUUCAAGGCGGACCCAGAAACCGUGAACAAUGCCCUGAAGCGCGCGUUGCUGGAGUUCGAUCGGCUCCCCCUCCAUGUGGAAGUCGACCUGGUGACUAUCAAGGCGCGGGUCGCCCGCGUGCGUUGCGACUUAAACACAACUUCGCUCACCGCCUGCUUCGACAUCCUCUGGCCCAUCGCUGCUGUUCACGGAGAUGGUGGGGAUAGGGAGCCGCAGCCAGAGUUUGAUUGGUAUGAUCCCAUGGGGUCGCUGAUGAGGUGCAGCUUUAAGGACAAGGUGAAGCUAUUCAGGAGCGAGUGGACGCGGGCGGUCGUGGUUGACGGCAUGCACGCGCAGGACGAUGGUGCCUCUGCCGAUCUGGUCCAACAACAUGCCGAGCACGUCCUCAACAAGCUGAAGCAGAAUUGCAGCGAGUUCGGCGAAUUGACCGACGACGAAGCGGACCUCAUCGGGGAGACUCUGCUCAUGAUGAGGGUCAUUUGCGGCCUCUGCGACAUGAGGAACCUCGUGCACGAUGAGUACUUCAUGGCCGUUGACAGCUUCUCGCAGGUCAACUUAGCGGGCAAGGAGCUUUCGCCCAUGCCGCACAAGUUCUACUGCGCCCUGACGGAGUCAAAGUUCUGUGGCAAGCUGUUCUUCAAGUUCUCCGAUUUGCGCCCGAUGCUGCUGGACUUCAGGGCCAACAGUGCCAUGGUUGAGGACUUCAUGGAGGGGGUGGCAGAGGACGCGGACUCCAAGGACGGCUCUCGUACGUUCGACAUGGGCGACCCUGACGCGCUCACGAAGUGCUUGGCUGUCUACAACACGGCGGGUGCAGCUGGCCUCACCGAGGUCGUUCCGGGAUCCGGGAAUGAGGUUAGCAAGUGCGUCGUCAAUUGCGGGGAGAUGUUGUUGGAGGCGGUCAGUGCCGCCCCUGACGCGGGGCUGCACUGCGAUAUCGUUAGCGGCUUCAGCAAGACGAACACGGACAAGGUGUUCGGCUCGUUGCGCGAUUGUGCCGAGGACCCCUGCGACGAGAAGCUCGACCUCGCCGUGCAGACGCUCAGUGCGAACAAACAUUUGGAGAUCGCCGUUGCGCAGGGCACGGAUGUCAGGAAUUACGUGGCCUCCCAUGUGAAGAGCAUGGUCGUCAACCCGAGCUUAGGCAUCGCGCACAGCAAAGUGAACGACGUGCGUUGCAACUUCCUCAAGCUCGUGCCUGGCGGCGCCGACGACUUGCACGCCCUGGCAACCUCCAUCGUGUCAUUCGUUGCGUGCGCCAAAGGCCUGGCGGAGCCCAUUGCCGCGAUCGGGGAGAGGGGUGCAUAUUCGGAGGCUAGCGAUAACAUCGGUGAUAUCGUAGACUUGAAGCAGGCCUUGGACGUUAUGGACUCCACCAAGCCUCCGCCGAAGCCGCGCGAGCUGCAGGGCGGGCACUUCAGCGACGUCAUCGAUUCACUGCAUGACAAGGCUGGCGCCGAGAGGUCGAAUGGGAAGGAGCUGCUGACGGCGUUCGCCGCGAAGGAGGUCGACCACCCCAAGAACUCGAUGGCCACGCUCACGUCAAUAAUCAACCAGGUGGCUGGCGGCAUGGAGGACAGCAAGCACUGGCUGGUUGGCUUCUUCGAGCCGCGGAAGGUGAACAUCAAGACGUUCCUUGCGCACGCUGGGAAGACGAUCCGCAAGUCGGAGGUGGCCGCGUCCUGGGACGCUCAGGUGGACAAGUUGCUCGAG